AUGACCACUGAACAAAAUAAAGAUUUAAUAGGAAUCAUGCUUAUCGGAACAAAACAUGCACAAAAUAGAGUUGUGAAAGAUCAUAUUUAUGUAUUGCAAAAUAUUGAUUCUUUAGAUAUUCAUAGAAUAAAAGAAUUAAAUGAAAUUAUAUCCGGUGACUUUGAUUUUGAAGAACAAAUUGGGAUAUGGGAUGGAGAAUUUCCUUUUGGUGAUGUAUUUUGGGUUUGCGGUGAUAUUUUUAAUCUUUUAAUUUCACCCACGAUCAAGACAAAAAGAAUUUUUUUAAUAACUGAUUGUGAUAAUCCCCAUCCAAUGAAUGAAUAUUUACGUAGUACUGCCAUAACUCGUGCAAAGGAUCUCAUUGAAUCAAAAAUUGGUAUAAACAUUUUUGGCAUUAAUACUAAAGCUGGUGAAUUAUUUAAUUUGGAUGCGUUUUAUACUGAAAUAUUAUCAUUGAACAAUGAUAUUACCAAUUAUUCAUUUGUGAGUACAUUCAAGGAUUAUAAAAAAAUGGCAUCUCAAAUUAAGAGUAAAGAAGUGCCAAGAAGAUCCACUUUUUCAAUUCCAUUUCGUUUAUUUGAAGACGAUUCAUUAGAAUUAACAAUUGGUAUUAAAGGAUAUUCAACGAUAAUUGUAAAGAAGAAACCUGCAUAUAAAUAUGUACAUAUGAGAUCAGAGACUGCUCGUAUAGCAGAAAUGAAAACAGAAUGGAUUUGCAGUAUAAGAACAUUUACAGCGCUACACAAAAAAAUGCUUGAAUUGAAUAAAAUAGCUAUAUGUUUUAUGACACGUGUUGUCGGACGUCCACCAUGUUAUGUUGCACUCAAACCACAAGCAGAAGUUUUAGAUGAAGAUGGUCGACAUGUUGAAUCCCCAGGAUUUCAUUUAUUGACUUUGCCAUUUGCAGAAGAUAUUCGAUCUCAUCAUCCAAAUGUAAACAUUUCUCCUGUUUUAGAAAGAUAUUAUCAUAUUUUAAAACAAAUAGCACUUGAUGAAAAUUCAUCAUUUGAGAAACCUGAUGCAACUUUACCAAAAUAUUCACUUAUAGACCAGAAUGUUGGUGGAUUAAUCGAAGAAUUUAAUAAGGUAACAAGAAAUUUAGAAUCAAAUCAAAUAAAUUUAACAUCGUUAUCACUAGCAGAGCCAACAGAAACUUCUUCAACAUCUCAUCGUGCUAACUCGCUAUGA